AUGCCGUUCUGUCCCCUCACCACCUCUUCUCAACCGCCAAAGAAAAACAAAGCGCAUGCACUCAAUAAAAGUCUGACUGCGGCACAACAAGACAAGGAAAACCAGACUUCGGCACAACACCACCGGCUCGACGGAUGCAGUCAAGAUGAGCACAACUUUGAUGAAAGCAGCACUCCCGAACGAAACGUUCCCCAGACGCCUGCCGUCCGGAUCCCGUUUGAAGACCUCAUUGCGAACACUGAAGAUGCUUUCAAUUGUGCACCACCACUGGCCACACCAGGAGAUCACGUAUUAUGGGAUCCUCAUAGCUCAAACAUGUCAGGGCCCGGGGCAGGGACGCAAAGAAGCAGGAAACGUGCCCAUAGUUCCUCCCCAGCGUCAUCACAGCAACUUUCUGCACAGAAGGACACUUUGAACCUCGAUACUUUGAACAAAUCCCUUCGAACUCCAAACAAUGACCCCACUCAAGAUCUCUGGAACAGAUACACCACUACGAAUGCUCCCAAAAGUAACCAAGAUGGGCAGGCAAUGGCGAACUACGGUCACCUCAUCCCUUCGUCGCCUCAAACACCCAGCACUACUAGCAAGGAUGGCAGCCUUCGCCGAACACAUAGCUGCGGAGUCGAAUGGCCAACAUCAAAAGCAAAGCGCCGGAGGAUUGAUGCCAACCUCAAUCAUGGCCGCACAAAACAGCUGUUUGCAGCGUCGCGUCAAGAUAUCCUCCGUCGCGAUCUGUCCAACAAUACUCGGGUUGGUCUACUCUUGGAAAAGAUCCAAGAAAGCUUGACCAAGAAGGCUAUUCCAGCAGAGAAGAGUCCUUCAAGUUCUUCGCCUUUGCCAGAUUUGGUGAGACGUUCGGAGGCUUUAGUGUCGCCAACGCGACCCCGGAGUCAAGGAUGGACACGGCAAGGCAAACAGAUCCAAGAGGAUCCUCCCCCUACCCUGGCAUCCACUGCGAAAUCCCAGACGGAUGCUCAGAUGGCGAAGUCCUUCACUUUGGAAUUCGAAGACGAUGGUCUCGAUCUUGAGGCAUUCGAAGAUCUAGAGCAAGCACUCGAGCGCGCAGCAGAGACGGAAAUUUGCAUUGCAAGGGACGAGCCUAACUUUGGAUCUUCGAAUGCGUCGGACCACCGCCAUGAAGCCAGCACAAAUUCGAAGAGGUUGUCAGAUGAAUCUAAUGUUAAGGAGGCUCCCGAGGAGUUUGACGACGAUUUUGACGAUGACGACGAAGAUCUUAUGAAUGAAAUGAUCGGUCUUGCCGCUCAGUAUGACUCGCAGGACAAGUCUGCAGCUGAGAAACAGCCGACCGCAGUAGCUUCUGCGCAUGCUCCCAAGCGCCUAGAAACGCUCGAUGAAUUUGAUGACGCUUUCGAUGACGACGACGAUGAUUUAUGGAAAGAUAUCGCUAAUGCAACCUCGGACACUGUGGGAGAAGGCAGACCAGCUGGCUCGAACAUUGUGGACAACAGAGCCAUCAAACGUUACCUUGUCAUCGACGUGUUUGAUAGUGUUUACGAGUACAAGCCUGGACGUAAACGACCAGAAAAAAUGCUCUCCGUCAAGGAUGACAAGACCGGCAUGCUCUACAUAGUCUGCCUGCGAGAUUCUUGGUAUGAUACUCGAUGCACCAAAGGCUCAUAUGUCCACAUCAUUGGAAACUUCGAUCGCAGAGGGCAGUGCAUCGUCAACGACGCCGAAAACAUGAUAAUCCUCCACCCGGAUCAUCUAAUCUCUUCGACGGUCGUAGGUGAUUCUUUCACGUGCAUGCGAAGAGCUGUGCUGCAAGACAGAGUCAAAGCAACCGGGGCAGCUACCCAACCACAAGUCUAUGGCCAUAUUCUGCACGAAGUCUUUGGACAGGCGCUCCGUAUCAACAAGUGGGACAUUGAUACAUUCAGAGCUAUCAUCGCCAAGAUCCUGCCAACUUAUCUUGAAUCGCUCUACGAGAUUAAUGUCCAGGUGCAAGACGCCACUGAAUAUCUGCUGGGGAAAGCACCCGAGCUGAUGGCCUGGGCGAGUGUCUUUGUGGGCGACACAUUAUCUGCUGAUGCUGUAGCUCGUGACCGCCAUGGCUUGCUCGUACCAACCACAAUCAACAAACUGCUCGAACUAGAAGAACACAUCUGGUCGCCUAUGUACGGUCUCAAGGGCAACAUCGAUGCAACCGUACAAGUCCAAAUGAAGCUACCAGAAGACUCUUCCCCGAGAACGUUGCUGGUCCCCUUUGAGCUGAAGACCGGCAAGAGAGAUAACGUUGAACAGCACCGGGUCCAAACAGCUUUGUACACUUUACUGCUCUCCGACAGAUACGACGUCAAUGUCACCUGUGGCAUCCUGUAUUAUUUGGAGUCUUCAAAAACAUUCCGUGUGGAAGGCAUCAGAAAUGAGCUUCGGCACAUGGUCAUUGAGCGGAACGAACUUGCUUGUUACGUUCACGACAAGUUGGCGUUACCCCCAAUGAUCAAAAAGGAACAUCUCUGUAAGAAUUGCUAUUCCAAACCUGCUUGCUUCAUCUAUCAUAAGCUCUCAGAAGGUGGUGAUGGUGCUACAAGUGGGCUUGGUGAGAUAUUCAAUGAGGUGGUUGACCACCUUUCGCCCGACCACCAGGCAUUUUUCAGAAAGUGGGACGACUUGCUCACACAGGAAGAACGUGACAGCAUGAAAUUUCGCAGAGAGUUAUGGACGAUGCUGAGCUCGGAGCGCGAGGCUGUUGGGCGGUGCUUUUCGGAAGUUGUGUUACAGCCAGGAUCAGGUUUUGAAAAGCCUGGGAGCUCAAAGAUCAACAAAUUCGAGUACACGUUUGUCAAGCACAAACCUCGUCCUGGAUUCUCGUUCUCGGAAUCCCAGAUCACCACAGGUGAUCCCAUUGUGAUAUCAGACGAAAGCGGUCACUUCAACUUUGCUGCAGGCUUCGUUACCAACGUACGCCCUACACGAGUUGUAGUAGCGGUAGAUCGAAGACUUCAGCAUUCGAGACGCACAUUGGAAGGAUUUGACCCAGUUAAGAACCAGGUCUUCUCUGGUGUUAGCGCACCCGAGAUCGAGGAUACGCCUCCGGACGACUUACCAUUUCUCUAUCGGAUCGACAAGGACGAAUUUGCAAACGGAAUGGCAACGGCUCGCAACAACAUCAUCCGUAUGAUGGAGAAAGACCUUUGGAUAGCUCGUGAACUCCGACAUUUAAUCAUUGAUAACAAGCCUCCCGAAUUCAAAGUCACUUCUACAGCGUAUACGCUGACCGGAACAUCGUCUCAGUCGAGUUUGAAUGUCGACCAACGUCGCGCGAUUGAGAAGGUGAUGAGUGCGAAAGACUAUGCACUCAUACUGGGAAUGCCUGGAACAGGCAAGACAACCACCAUCGCUCAUAUCAUCCGUGCUUUGGUCGCACAGGGGAAAUCGGUUGUUCUCGCUUCUUACACUCAUACAGCUGUCGACAAUAUCUUGUUGAAAAUCAAGGAUGACAAGAUUCCAAUACUACGCAUUGGUGCUGUCAAUAAAGUGCAUCCUGAUAUCCAGAAAUUCGCACACAUCUCCGGAGUACCCAAGCAUACAAUGGAAGACUUAAAGGAUUCCUGGGAAAACACCAAAGUCGUCGCAACGACCUGCCUCGGAGUCAAUCAUGGCAUCUUCAAUGCUCGCACUUUCGACUAUUGUAUCGUUGACGAGGCUUCUCAGAUUACGUUGCCGGUCUGUCUAGGCCCAAUCAGAAUGGCCCGUACAUUCAUCCUUGUUGGGGACCACUACCAGUUACCACCGUUGGUGCAGAACAAACAAGCUCUAGAAGGUGGCCUGGAUGUCAGCCUCUUCAAGCUUUUGUCGGAUGCGCAACCCGGGUCAGUCGUGAAUUUAGAACACCAGUAUCGAAUGGCAGAAGACAUCAUGCUAUUGUCGAAAGAGCUUGUGUACAUCGGCCGGAUCAAGUGUGGUAACGAGGCGGUUGCGAAUCAAACUUUGCACAUUCCUGGUUUGGAAGCAGGGCUCGCUCUGCACCAUCAUACUGCUUCGACCGCGGUCAGGUCUUCCCAGGAUCUCUGUUUAUCUGACGGUAGCUGUUGGCUUCGACGGGCGCUCUUACCUUCAUCACGGUGCUUGUUUCUCAAUACGGACACCGUCGUUUCACCCGAGUCAGGACAGGAGACCGUGUCCGGAGCACGUAUCACGAACGCAUGUGAAUCCAAAUUGACUGCUCAGUUGGUGGCCACACUUAUUGACUCAGGUAUCUCUCCUCGGGCUAUAGGUGUCAUUACCUUUUAUCGAUCCCAGCUUGCUUUGAUCCGGUCAGACGUUAAAGCUGCUACUGGAUCGGUAGCCGCAGGAGAAGUGGAAAUGCAUACUGCAGACAAAUAUCAGGGUCGGGACAAAGAAGUCAUUAUCCUCAGUUGCGUGAGAAGUAACAAGAACAACCAUGUUGGGGAUCUGCUGAAAGACUGGCGGAGAGUGAAUGUGGCUGUUACUCGCGCUCGGAGUAAGCUGCUAAUUCUCGGCAGCAGGCAGACACUGGGCAGCAGUGAUGUUCCAAUUCUUCAGGGCCUCGUCAGGAUUAUGUCCGAAAAAGGCUGGGUUUUGAAUUUACCUGUGGGUGCCGCUCGGUCGCAUUUAUUUGAGACCGUGUCGGGUCCUACGCAAAGAAGCACCUUUGCAUCCGGAGAUAAAGUGCCUUCUCCACCAAUGUCGUCUAGCACCACAAAGAAGAAGCCUCCUCUGGGAGCUGUGACGGCAAAUGGCAGUCCUAAGAAGCACAACACUUUCAGGAAGCCGGCAAAAGUGGUUCGUGGAAGUACAGUUGUGGGCGAGAUCGAAAAGGUUCUGGCCACGACGCCGGUCACGCAGGAUAUAAUGAACGAGCUCGAUGGUGGUGGCUUAGCGGGAAAGGAGAAUCACAAUCUGAUUGUGGAUUUGACAGAUGACAUCGACAUGGAUAUGGAUGCAGAUUUUGACCCGACCGAUUUUGGAGUAUAUUGA